AGAAUAAAUCGUGACUUAAGUUAUGUUAAGUUAAUGCUUAUUUAGUGGACUCUACAUGUUACAUGUUAAUGCUAAUGCUAAGCGCUAGGUAACGCACCGUUAGCUGCGUGUUUCAGGGUUGUCCAAGCAUUUACUACGUUACCCUCCACAAUCAUCGUUCUUCUACUGCAAGUCUUGCACCCAUCAUUCAAGAUAGUGUUAUAGGCAUCUAAUAAUUUGUAUGCCUUCAACUUCUCUUUCGUGUGCAUUUCUCGCGCAAAAGUCUGCCAAACGCAACGUUAGUUUCAGCGUCGUCCAAGCAGAAUUUGCACUUACUUCUUGUAAUAUCUUUGUAGGAGAGGCUUCACUUGAUAAAGCGAGACCAGGCUCCGUCCCCUCCGUGUCCUCCUUUUGUUGGAUCGUCCAUCCAGUGAGAGUGCAGAGGUCGGUGAAUAUAUGCGUCCAUUGAAAUUUGCUAACCGCUGUUUUCGAGGCUAUGUUGUUUGUGAUGUGUUGCAUCCAGUAAAGCCCGCCCCUCCAAAAAAAUGUCUCUCAUCUUGUGGCUGCAGAUUUGUUUUAGGUCAGUAGUUUUUCAAGCUCAGGAUGCAUUCUGAUUCAGAAAAGAUCAACAUAUUAUGCAAUUUUUAUUUAUUUAUUUAUUUAUUUUUUUAUCUUUGCACACAUUUAAGCCUCCAAGUGAACCUUGUACUGCAAUGCUGUGUUCACAACCGUUUGCUCUUUUUCUCAGAAAAAGGGAACACUGUUCAGACUCGCUCUACAUUCUUUCUAUAUAUACAUAUAUACAUGAGAUUGCCUCUUGCUGCAGCGGAAAAGGAAAGAAAAAGGGAAGUCCAUCUAGGUUCGCUCACUUCAGUUAUCAACCACAGGACACCCUCAGAAGGCCCAUGUCCGUUCUCUGAUGAGCCACAAGUGUUUAAGAGGUGGUGGUCAUAAUGGCUGCUGGAGAACCUCCCGUGACACACUGUACCAGCCCUGUUGCCGCCUCACGCUACUAGUAGCAGUGAACGUUGCGGCCGUGCGAUAAUAAAAUCAAUUCAGUUUUAUUUCCAUGGCGUCAGCAAUACAGCUUCACUUUGCCCGUUUUUUGUACCAUGUAGCUUUUUGGUUUGCUUCAGUAAACAAAAAAUAACACACAGAUACUAAAAAUUGAAAGAGGAAGUGCUUCAGUGCGAACUGAAUCUGUACACCCCCCUCAUUUCUUAGUUCAGUUUUCUUUCAUCUCUUCUCGUAUGUGAUCAGAGCAGCGAUGGGAAACAGAUGGCUGAGAAGCUGUCACUUUUUGACACUGGUCUGUUUUCUGUUUAUCUCAUCUUCUCCUGCUGCAGGUCAGAUCAGAUUAGCUGGACCCGGAUCAACACGGUGCUCUGGAAGAGUUGAAAUCUACUACAACGGUGUCUGGGGAACAGUCUGUGAUGAUAGCUGGGACACAAAUGAUGCAAACGUGGUCUGCAGACAGCUGAGCUGUGGGACGGCUCUGAGUGCUCCUCAUUCUGCUCAUUUUGGUCAAGGAACCGGAAAAAUCUGGCUUGAUGAAGUGGCCUGUUCAGGGAGUGAGAGCUCUCUAACUCAGUGUAGGCACAAUGGAUAUGGAUCACACAACUGUGGACACGGUGAGGACGCUGGUGUCGUCUGUUCAGGUGUUGAGAUCAGGUUAGCUGGGUCUACUUUGUGCUCUGGAAGAGUUGAAAUCUACCACAACAGUGUCUGGGGAACAGUCUGUGAUGACAGCUGGGACACAAAUGAUGCAAACGUGGCCUGCAGACAGCUGAACUGUGGGACGGCUCUGAGUGCUCCUGGGUCUGCUCUUUUUGGUGAAGGAACUGGACAAAUCUGGCUCGACGAUGUUGCUUGUUCAGGAAGUGAGAGCUCUCUAAGUAAUUGUAGGCACAGAGGACUUGGGACACAUGACUGUGGACACAGCGAGGAUGCUGGGGUCGUCUGUUCAGUGAGCCUCCCAAAGCCCAUCAUCUCCAUGAAUCCAUCCAGUGACGUCACCUUUGGUCAAAGGGUCAGUUUCACUUGUUCGGUCACAGCCGAACUUUCAGGUGGAACGUUCAUCCUCCAGAAGACGUCAGGCUCCUUCAGAAAGACUGAAACACCGGGUUCCAACUCCGCAACCUUCAGCAUCUCUGAAGUGGACUUUGAUCAUGACGGACGGUAUCAGUGUCAAUAUGAGAAAAGCAUUUCAAGUCGAACAUUCAGCUCCUCCCCCAGCGACUCUGUCAGACUUUCUGUUACUGUGACUUUCCCAAAGCCCACUAUCUCCAUGACUCCCUCCAGUGAGGUCACCUGGGGUCAGGAUGUUGCAAUCGCUUGUUCAAUCUCAACUCAGGUUUUGGGUGGAACAUUCAUCCUGAUGAAGCCUCGGGAUUCAUUCAGGAGAACACAACCCUCAAGUACCAAAUCUGCUACCUUUAACUUGCCCAAAGUGGACUUUGAUAAUGAGGGAUCAUACCAGUGUCAGUAUGAGAAAAGCACCUCAAGUCGUACAUUUAAAUCCCCACAAAGUGACUCCAGUGGACUCUCUGUUACCGUGGAACUACCAAGGCCCGAAUUCUCCGUAACAUCACCCAAUGCAGGGCUGGUUUGGGGUCCUGAAGGUGCAGCGGUCACGAAUGGUUACAGCUUCGUCUUCAAAUGCUCUAUCAACACCAGCUUUUCACAUGGGCAUUUCUUCCUCUUUGGCUCCAACAGCACCAACACCAAGCCUGCCAUCAACAACUCGGCCUCCUUUUACUUCCCUGUAGCGGAGUACGAACAUCAGGGCAACUACAGCUGCUUGUACGAGGCCACAGUCUCCACGAGGAAAUUCAAUUCUACUGAGGCAGCACCAAUUUGCAUCACUGUUAAAUUUCCUUGGCUACCACUGGUCUCCUCAGUAGCCGUUGGAGUCCCUCUGCUGUUCAUGCUGGUCUUCUUGGUGCUCUGUCUGUGCAGAAGAAGACGGCGACGAGCCACGGUGCCUGUAGUCCUUUUCCAAACUCCAGCGGCUGCCAGACCCGUUAAUGACUAUGCACAUGAGGAGAAUGAUGCGGAGGACUAUGAGAAUGUAUUGGACACAAAGCAGGAUCUGAAAGAGGGUGCUGGGAUAAUGGAUGAAGAUGACACCAAUGAUUAUGAGGACCCAGAGAAUGAUGAUGAUCAUGAUUAUGAGGAGGCGGGGCCGAGCGUUAAUGACAUCAAGACCAACAACAUAUUUAUGAGUGUAGAGGAUUGUAGCAAAGAAGAAACCAGCGAUGAUGAAAAUGACUAUGAGAAUGUCACUGAGCAAUCAGAAAGACAAUCUGAGGAUGAAGAAGAUGAGGACAUAUAUCAGAACUUGUAGGUUUCAAUUAGAGGUACAGGUUAGAGGCUUAAGCCACUAUCUGUCAGUAUUGUAGCUUGAUGUUUUGAUAGAACUUUACCUGUUAUACAAAGUGCCAAAACUAUUUAACUUCAGCUUUACCAGUUGUAUUUAACCAAGUAAUUUUCUGGAAUCCUUGGAUGAAGUGACUCCCGAGGAUGAAGUGUAUCUUGAUAAACCUUUACCCCUUUCAUACUUUCAUAAUAUUUUCACCAAACACCAACAUUCAUCCUCAGUGUUAAGAGGUCAACCUGCUCUCUAACCUGAAAUCCAAUAUUUAGGUUCAAAUAUCAGCUAGAUAAAGGGUAUUCCCAUCACCUUCAACUGUACUUCGUGUAACAACAUGUAUUUGCCUCCUAAUAUAUAUAUUAUACCGCACAUAACUAAUUAAUUUAGGGGUUUUAUGCUAUAUUAUAUAUAUUAUGUUUAAUGCGGCAUAUGUUAUAGUAAGACCAAUUUGAAUUCGUUAAUUUUAAUUUAAGACCUCUUCAAUGUCUAUAUAUAUAUAUAUAUAUUUUUUAUUAUUUGACUCGCGGGAAGAAAAUGCUUUAAUGCAAACUAUUAAUGUCAGUAUUAUGGCUAGCAUAGCAAUCCUUAUGUGUGCAAUAACCAUGCUAAUAUUACGUUAGCAAUACUUGUAUUUUUCCUAAAUGUUGUAAUGCAAACUUAACAUUCCAGGGUAAUUGCUUUUUGUCAUUUCGUUUCAGCAUGUGCAUAACUGUAUUAAGGUAAUUACUAAUGUAAUAAUGCUAAUACGAAUAUAUAAGUCUUUAUGUUGACAACAACCAUUUGAAUGUCAUGUUAGCAAUAAUUGCAGGGUUAUUGAUCAUGCUGAAUUGACAGUAAAACCUACACCUAUAUGUAUUUUUAAAUAAAUCUCCUACAGGAUUAAUGCA